AUGAAAAACGACAACAACAAUCGCGCAGCAACAAUGCGCCACACACUACACCGCAUCAACGAUAAAAACCGAUGUGUGCGUAUGCGCGUGCGUAAUUGCGUAUGUACACGCGGGCGGGCGAGUGAGAGAGCAAGCGGUGUUCAUCAACGAUUGUGUAUCGGUGAUGGUGGCUGCGGCGGUGGCGGCCAUCGUUGUUGUUUUUGUCGUAGUGUUGGUGAUGGUGAUGGUAGUGGUGGCGGCGUUGUUGGUGCUGUAGAUGCUGCUGAUGUUUGA